CAGAGACGCUCCUGAGAGACAGAAGCACCACAGCGUCACACAGAAGAGCUGGAGAACCAUCACGAUGACACACACAAUCUGAAAUGAAGACAUGAGCGCUUUGGAAGAACUGCUGUGGAUGUAGUCUGGAGAGUUUCUGCCGUUGCAAAACAGAGACGUAUGGUUUGUGUUUCUCGGGUUGGAUCAGGCUGGUGAGUGAGAGACUCUGUCUGGACAAUAGUCUCUCUGUCAUGACGGUGUACAGUUACACAGCUGGUGUGAGGAGUAACUAUAUAUAGAUUGAUGUAGUGAUGGCCAGAAGGUGGAUGUACAAAAACAAACUUUAAAAGAGUUACAAGUGCAAAAGGAUCUCUCCACAGGCUGAGAUUUACCACAAGUGAUUCUUAAAUGAAAUAUAGUUUUAUUAUCUUUUGUGCUUGUGGAGUUUGUUCUUGUGUCAGAUCCAUGAGCUCCUUCUUUUCUUCUUGCCAUGGGCAACUACGCAUUUACUGCAGAUGUUGAAGAUUUCAAGUGCAUCGUGUCGACUCUGGAGAACCGGCGCAUUCUGAGCGAGCACAGCAGCCUGCAGAACAUGCUCUCUCUGAAUCAUGUCAGCUGUCGAGGAGGAAACAGGACAGGAAGUGAAUCAGGAAGCAGACCUGCUGGCCCUCAAGUUUCUGUACAGUAACACAGACUCUACAGAGCCUGUCAGCAGCUCUUCUUCUGGCACGACUCCGCUCCCGGAGCAUCUCUCGCCGUCAUUAGCCGCUAAACCCCGAGGGGCCCCGCAGGGCCCCGGCACUAUGGAGCAGAUGAGAGCAGAGCUCCGAGAGCUACGAGAUGAACUGGACACGCUGAAGACUCAGCACAAAAAAGAGAUCAAACUGCUCAUGAACGAACUAGAUGAAGAAAAGAAGAUGCGUUUGUCACUGCAAAUUGAUGUAGAGCGUCUCAAGAAACGCAUGUCCAAGUGAGCGCCUCUCCAUCGGCCGCUCGCAGCCGUCAGACACGCCACAAACUCAAGUGUGCAACGAAGAACUUCCAAAGACUGAGGAAGAACUCUUGAGAAUGUGUAUCCAGACUCACUGAACUCAUAUUGCGUUGCAUGUGUUGUAUAAAACACCUUUUGGGUUCUAAACCAUGAAAGAGAGAGCAACCUGUCUGUUUCCAUAAAAUGCAUUGAUCACUUAGACUAAUUAACAUCAGACCUUAUAUUUAAUUUCAUCUUCAUCUUUCAUCUAACAGCCUUUUUUGCAGGAGGAUUCUAAACUCAAAGAAUACUGUAAGACUUUUUCACCAGGGCUGCAUUUAUUUGAUCAAAAAUACAGUAAAAAAGUGAAAUAUUAUUAGAAUGUAAAACAGAUGUUUUCUGUGUGAAUCUGUGUUAAACUGUAAUGUAUUUCUGUGAUGUGCAGCUGUAUUUUCAGCAUCAUUACUCCAGUCUUCAGUGUCACAUGAUCUUCAGAAAUCAUUCUAAUAUGAUGAUUUGCUGUGUUUCUAAUUCUCUCUAUUGAAAACAGUUGUGCUGCUAAAUGUUUGUGUAAACUGUGAUGCAUUUAUUCAGAAGUCUGAUGAACAGGAAGUUUAAAAAAUA